AGGCCUGUUGAUAUAAGGGGCCAGUCCUCUUAAUAUCCCAGAUAAGUUGAUUUGAUCAAGCAAAAUGGCUUAUAUAAAAUUCUUCCAUAACGCAGAUAUGAUUUAGAAUAAGCACAAUCAAUAUGGCGGAAGGUGGAGUUGGGCUUGACCCAGUAAUAUGUGAUCUUUGUGAAGACAAACCAGCACAAUUCUUUUGCCGGACAUGCGAUGGCAAUAUGUGUAUAGAUUGCAAAAAUGACCACAAAAAGAAGAAAAUGUUUCUACGCCACGAUGUUGUGAAAAUGACCUUAACUAGAAAAAUGGAGCUAGACGGCUUUGGGUAUUGCAAUGUACAUCCUGAAAACAAGUACGAGUUAAGUUGCCAAUCAUGUGAAAUACCAGUCUGCACAAAAUGCAUCUCCGGCAAACACAACGGUCACAACAUGAAAGAUAUAUCGACUGCUUAUCUCGACGCCAAACGCAGGAUAUCAGAAAUGAUGAAUGAAGUGGACAAUCAUCUUAUCCCGACCUACAGACGGAAUAUAGAGGCAUUGGAGUCGGUCUUGUGUAAUGUGAAGAAACAAAGUAAAGAAUUGGAACAAACAGUUGUACAACGAUCAAAGAAUCUUACGGACUUCAUUCAUUUGAUUGAGAAAGAAGUCACUCAAAAAUCACUUGUUGACAGUGCAAAAUAUAGCAAUCAAAUUGCUGCAAAGAAGAAAGAAAUUGAAAGCCACCUUUCUUUUUUACAGAAACUACGUGCAUCUUUAUUGGAACAGAGAGAUGCCAAGAGUAUGACUGACCUAAUUUUGUACACCAAUGAAAAUUCAAAACUUGCAGAAAGAGAAAUAAAGUUCCAAAUACCUUCCUUUCAACCAGCAUAUUUCCUCAGCGAUGUCGCUUUUGAGAAGACCCUGAAUAUCUUAUUUGGAUUACUAUUGCCAUCAAGGUUGGUAAAUCAAAAAGACCCACAUUUGGUCUUGGUGAAGGCAAAAAAAUUAAAGGAAAUAAAAACCACCAUAGAAUUACCCUGUGGUUUGAGUGUCUCUUAUCAGAAUCAAGCUGCCGUGUGGGUCCGUGGGUGUGAAAACCGAGUUUAUAAAAUGGACAUGAAUGGUACGACUCUGGCUACAUUUCCUACGGAAACUGGCUUUGGUAGGCCAUCUGAAUUGAUUGAAUUGAAAGAUGGAAACAUAUUGUACACUGAUAUGGAAAAUAAAAAAAUAAAAAAAGUAGCAAAAAACUUGCAGAAAAUGGGCGAAAUUAAAACCGAAUGGUAUCCAAUUGGAAUGUGCCUCAGUCUUAGUGGCCAUAUUCUAGUCUGUGUCGCGCAAUUAAAAGUAUUGGAAACAAACGAAUCUGACGUAGGAAAAAUUUUGAGAAUGAAUUACCAAGGGAACAUUUUCCAAGAAAUUCAGAGAAAGAGCAACAAUGAAAAUCUUUACACUCGACCAAUUUGUAUUUCAGAAAAUGUCAACCAGGAUAUCUGUGUGUCAGACUGCACUAAGUGUUCCGUUAUUGUUGUUGAUCGCACUGGCAUAUUUCGGUUUGCUUAUGAAGGAGGUUUUAUCCAAAACGAUGACAGGAGUUUUGGUCCCGUAGAGUUAGACACCGAUAAAGAUGGAAAUAUUCUCAUUUCUGAUGAAGAAAACAGCCUUGUUCAUCUGCUGGACAUCGAUGGGCGGUUUUUGCAGUACAUUCUGACGGCAAAAGAUGGGAUUUCAAAGCCUCGAGGUUUAAAGGUUGAUGACGAAGACAGACUUUGGAUAACUGAAAUAAAUGCCCAACGCAUCAAAGUAUUUCAGUACCUUGAUUAAAAAAAUUUGAUUAUUCAAGAAAAACCAAACAUCUAUACGAGAGAAACAAAUAUAGCAAAAAAAAAAAAAAAUAAAAAAAACGAAAAAUAUAUGUCGAUAGUGAUUGUAUUAUAUGAUUGUAAUGUUUAUACAUCGCAUUGUAACUCACGAUUGAUAUCUACAUGCGUGUUUGAUGCAAUUGAAAACCCCAACAUUUUGACGUUAUGUAAUCUGUGUAUUUAGUGAUUUUCAAAAUCAAAUGCAUGUCACAAAUAGGAUUUUAUCGACUUUAGUGAAUUUAAAAUCAUUUUUUAAAAAGAAAUUUAAAAGAGAGCAUAGAAUUUUAAAUGAAAGAUAUUUUUUUUGAGAAAGUUUAAGAACUGUUCACAAAGAGUUUAACCAUGCAGCAUUAAAAUAAAUGUAAUGUGGUUUCAUCAAUAUUCGUUGAAUACCAAUUUUCGUGAAUUUCGUUGUUAAGUUGAUCCACGAAAUUAAAUGUUCAUUGAAGUUAAAUUUCAACUAACAUUUUGUAUUGAUAGGAUCAUUGGCCACGAAAUAACGUAUCUUUGAAACUGUGGUUUUCAGAAAAUCCACGAAAAUUGAUACCCACAAAAAUUAAUGAAACCACAGUAUUUAGAACAUAUGUUCAUUUAUUUCAAUGAUUUAUAUACACAUAUAUCUAAAGUACGACUAUCAGUAAACCAAUGAUCAUUUUUCCAUCUCCAGUUACUUUCAGUAUCAUGGGCUCAUAUUGAUCAGACUCCAAAAAAAUGAUUCUGCCAUUUUGAGAGAUACCCUGAAAAAAAAAUUCAUAGCUUGAUAGCAUAAAAAGUAAUGUUUUGUGUUCAAUCGAUGAUUUUUGGGAUUCUUUGGAUCUACUUGAAGACCUUUGUAUCAAGGAAUAAAUGCUAUUAUUAUUAAAAUAAGGCAACAAUCUGUCUUGUUGUGAUGCCAAGCUUUUAAACACAAACAAUUGCGGUGUGUUUAUCUCUUGGAAAAUAUUUUCUGGGAUAUCUGUAAGAAGUAAUAUUUACAAACGCUCCCAUCGAGGACCAAAUGGCAGUCUGUGGUUCCUGAUCUAUGUGUGGGAGACAUUAAUUGUUCUUCUUAAAGACUUAUCCACUGCACGGAUCGAGUGGCCGAUUGAAAUCAAUACUAUGCUUUAAAGAUUGUUGAUGGCCUGGUACGCAAAGCCGAAGUCAAGGUAACAAAUGAUGGGAAACCAAUCAACUACAUAAGGCCAAUACCAGAUAUUAUUCUUUUAAUGCAUGACGUGUGACAUUCUCGUUGUUGUACCGCGAUUCACUGCAUUGCUAA